UCGAUGGCUAUAAAUGAACAAGGCAGGUUCGAUCCUGAGACCUGUGCCCGGAACAAUCUCUCUCACUGCCCCGGCAUUGAUGGCUUACAACCUCCUCUUCCUCCUCUCCUGCAUCGCCUUCGUCUCCUCGUCUUCGCACGCCUACGUCUACCCUCCUCUCGUGGAGGGCCUCUCCUUCACCUUCUACAAGUCCACCUGCCCCGACCUGGAGUCCAUCGUCGGGAGCUACCUCGAGCAGCUGUUCCAGAGCGACAUCACCGUCGCCUCCGGCCUGCUGCGCCUCCACUUCCACGACUGCUUCGUUCAGGGCUGUGAUGGGUCGAUACUGCUCGAUGGGUCGUUCAGUGGGCCGGACGAGAAGGACGCUCCGCCCAACUUGACGCUCCGCCGGGCGGCCUUCAAAGCCAUCAACGAGCUCCAGACGCUUAUCACCCAAGCUUGCGGCCCGGUCGUCUCCUGCGCCGAUAUCACUGCGCUCGCCGCCCGCGACUCCGUUCGUUUGUCCGGCGGCCCGAACUACAAGGUUGCUCUCGGCCGGCGCGACGGCCUGAGCUACGCGACGGAGGAGGCUGUCCUUAGUUUCCUCCCUUCUCCGACCUCCAACGUAACCGCCCUCAUCGACGUCUUCACCGAGCUCGACCUGACCACCAAAGACCUCGUCACCCUCUCCGGCGCCCACACCAUCGGCAUCGCCCACUGCUCCUCCUUCGAGAACCGUCUCUUCCCCACCCAGGACUCCACCCUGGACCCGAUCUUCGCCGAAAACCUCUACCUCACCUGCCCCGUCAUCAACAUCAGCAGCACCACCGUCAUCGACAUCCGCACGCCCAACACCUUCGACAACAAGUACUACGUCGACCUCCUCCACCGGGAGGGCCUGUUCACCUCGGACCAGGGCCUCUACGAAGACUUCCGGACGAAGCCCUUCGUCAUCAUCUUCGCCCUCUGCCAGCACAUGUUCUUCGAGAACUUCGUGUACUCCAUGACCAAGAUGGGCCAGCUCAGCGUGCUCACCGGCAGCCAAGGCGAGAUCCGCCGGAACUGCUCGGCGCUGAACUCGAACCUCUCGUGGUAUGCGGUCGAUGGCGACGGCCACGACGGCAAGGUGUUCUAGGAUAAUACGUGUGUGUGUGUGUGUGUGUGUGUGUUUGCAUAUAAGGUGUUUGCUUAAAUGGCGGAGAGAGGGGAAGGGCAAUAAGGACGCUUGUGGCGGUGCUUUCAUGUGCAUCCAGUUUGUGGCUCAUCUGCUUUGUGGUUUGACGCACUUUGGAUAGGGAAACGUAGUGUGUUUGUAUUCUGUCCAA